UGCUGAAUUAUUAGUUUACUUAAAUAAUUGAUAUUAAUUGUAACAAUUAACUAUUUGUAUAGAAUUCGUUUUAUAAUAAUAAUUUUUGGGCAUCCAAGAAAUUUUUUAAUUGAAUCGUUAAUAUAUAUUAUAUUAAUACAUUUUUUGAAUCGUAAUGAAAGAUGUUGUUUAUGCCACAUCAGUGAUUAAAAAAUGCAACAAAUAAAAUUAUAGUUUGAAAAUCUGUACUUUAUUAGCUAUGUUGCUUCGGCUGCAAUCUCUUGUUCUUACUAGCAUAUUAAUAUUGCCCUAUUUUUGUUUUUCAAUUGGCUUAACAUUUUUUCAAAGAUGGUUUUUACAGUUAUUCCAGUUUCCACUAUUGGUUGUUUCAUGUCAUUUAAUUUUAAAAUAUUUUAUGUCUACGAUUUUUCGUUAUAUAUAUCAUAAGGCUACAAGUAUACAAAAUGUACAAAUUUCCUGGGAUGUAAAUGUUUCAAAAUUUGGGCCAACUGGUAUCUCAAGUGGUAUUGAUGUAGGGUUAUCUAACUGGGGAUUAGAACUCGUUAAUAUUUCUUUGUAUACGAUGACAAAAUCUACAGCCAUUAUAUUUGUUUUAAUUAAUGCUUUGAUUUUACGCCUAGAAAAAGCAACAGUGUUGCUGUUUUUGAUUGUUUUUUCUAUUUCUGGUGGUUUAUUUUUGUUUACAUUCAAAACAACUGACUUUAGUACUUUAGGGUUUAUCUUAAUUUUAACAGCAUCAUUUUCCAGUGGUUUUCGUUGGACUUUAUCACAGUUCAUAAUGCAAAAAUCAGAUUUGGGAUUAAAAAGUCCAGUGGAUAUGAUAUAUUUUACUCAACCUUGGAUGUUGUUAUCAGUGUUUCCAAUAUUUUUGUUUUUAGAAGGAGAUGAUUUUUUAACAUGGCUAAAUACUAAAAAUAAUGAUGAUUACUUUAAAAUAUGUAUGCUUAUUAUUAUCGGUUCAUUACUUGCAUUUAGUUUGGAAGUUUCUGAGUAUUAUGUUGUCUACAAAACAUCUAGUCUUACACUUACUGUAGUUGGAAUUAUUAAAGAAGUUUGUUCUUUAGUUCUGGCAGUAGAAUGUAAUGGUGACAAGAUGACCCCAUUAAAAAUUUUAGGACUAGCAUUAUGCUUGUGUGGUGUUAUUGGACAUGUGUGGCAUAAAUAUAAUGCUAGUAGACCAAUUGAAAGUCGUUAUGGUAUUAUAAAUAAUGAAGAUAAUAAACAUUUAACACGCAUAGAAAGUGAAGAUAUGAAUGAUUCAGAUAGUACUGAUGAUUCAACUCAAGUACUUUUUGAUAUUAUUAAUAGACGACGUACAUAGAAACUUUUGAAUUUAGAGAAUUAAAAAGGCUGUGAGUUAUAAUUUUAUAAGAUUUUUUUAAUUUUAUUGAAAUUUAUAUUUUAUUAUCUCAAAGAUAAUAUUUUCCAAAUGUUAUCUCUAUUGUUAAUACAUUAAAGUGUCUUUCUACAGAUUUAAUAAAAUUUUAUCUUUAUUUUUAUACUAUUAUACAAUAAACACAAUUUUUAUGGAAAUAUAAGUGGGUAAUUUUUAUCUUAAGGUAUAGUAUCAAAUUAAAAAUUUAAUAGCAAUUAAAAUUAUUUAAACUCCUUUCAUUCAUAUAUUAAGUAUAAAAUUAUGAUAAAUAAAUAAAAUAAAAAUAAUUUGCCAUAUAGCCUUUUAUAUUCUUUUAUUAAACUAAAUUUUUUGUUUGAUUUUCAUUUAUAUAAUUGUAUUUGCUUCAUUAUAAGGAUUCUACAACAAAAUUAUUUUA